AUGGCAACCCAACAACUCGCCACCUGGUCUGUCAACCUCCAAUAUGCCAACCUCACCGCGCCAGUAAUCGCUGCUGCCGUUACCAGCCUAUACAAUUGGGCUGGGUGCGCCAUCGGCGGUUACCAACAACCUGCGCCCAGCCUCGCCCUGAACGCCACGUUCCCGCAUUUCGGCGGCGCACCUACUUCUUCGAUCCUAGCACUCGCAAACGAUUCAACACAAACCGACGCCCAGAUCGCAGCAUUCGUCAACGGAAUCGCAGGGCAUGUGGAUGAUUACGACGAUACGCACCUUGCGACGAUUAUUCACCCCACCGGAACCGUCGCCUCAGCGUUGUUUGCUGUAGCGGAAUGGCAAGGCGGGGUUACAGGGCAAGAAUUCGUCACGGCUUUCGUUGCUGGUGUGGAGGCGGAGCUGAAAUUGGGGCUGGCGGUGUGGCCGGAACAUUACGAUGUGGGGUGGCAUGAUACGAGUACGACUGGGUCGAUUGGGGCGGCUGUUGCUGUGUCGAAGAUUCUUGGGCUGGAUAUACCGACAACUCAGCAGGCGAUAGGGAUUGCAUGCACCCAGGUUAUUGGGAUGCAAGAGUUUUUUGGGAGCGAUACAAAGAGUUUUCAUAUCGGACGUGCUGCUCAAGGAGGGAUGAUUGGUGCCCUUUUAGCACAAAGUGGGUUCACCUCUAGUUUACAGGGCUUGGAAGCCCAGUUUGGCUGGGUACAUGUUGUGAGCACGAGAGAGAAUGUUACAGCGGAAUUUGAUCAACUGGGGGAAGUAUGGGAGAUUUUGUCGAAUACGUUCAAACCGUACCCGUGUGGGAUUGUGAUGCAUCCUUCGAUACAAGGUGCUAUAGAGGUUCAGAGCGCGGCCCUCGGACAGGGGUUGAGGAUACAAGACAUUACGAGUGUGGAGGCGAGGGUAAACCCGGAGACAUUGGUGCUCACAGGCCAGACGGAUCCGGAGACGGGGUUGGAAGGGAAAUUUAGUGUGUAUCAUGGGAUCGCCGUAGGUUUACUUUUCGGACAAGCUACCCCGUCUCAGUUCACAGAUUCGGUGGUGACCAACGCUACUGUUGUAGCUUUACGCAAGCUGGUGAACGUUACCACAGACUCCACGAUUAACGAGGAUGAAGCGUAUGUCAGUGCGGUAUUCCAAGACGGGACGAAUGUCACACAACAUAUCGUGCAUGUUAUCGGGAGUAUCGACAAUCCUCUUAACGAAACACAAUUGAAAGACAAGUUUAUGGGUCAGGCAUCGUUGGUCCUGGGAGAAGAGAGGGCAGGGAAAGCGUAUGAUGCGUUCAUGGGAAUCGGGAAUGUUAGUGAUGUGGGGCUGGUUGUGAAGAUGUUUUCGGGUGUUAAUGGGACAAAUAAGAUGUAA